AUGGAUCAUAUGGUACAAUUAAAGAAAUUUACAUUUAAUAUUCAUUCAACCAUUGAACUUGAUAAUCAAAUUGAUUUGCCAUCAAAUGACAAUAUUCAAAACACAUUCAAAAAUUUUGAACAUAAUCAAAUUAUUUCUUGUAUUGAUUAUUUUUCAGAGGUAGUAGAAGGUCAAUGUCAUAUUUAUUCAUAUCCAUAUCAAUUGAAAAAGUAUGAUAAGAUAACAAAUAAUUUUCCAGGUGGAUUAUUUGAAUGUGUUCGUGAAAUAUCAUUGUUUGAUGAACGACCUUUUGAACAUGAAUUUUUUCUUCAUAUUGCUCAAUCAUUUCCAUUAAUGGAAAAAUUAACUUUAGUUAAUCGAAAACCACAAAAGAAUAAACAAUCUAGAAAAUCAAAAGAUGAUGAUCAAGAUUUUUCAAUUGUUAAAUAUCCUCAUCUUAAUGAUCUCAAUCUAUAUGAAGUUCAUGAUGAUUAUAUUGAACAAUUUCUAAUGGAUUCUAAAACAUAUUUACCAUAUCAUGUGGAACUUGUUACUGAUCAUCGACUACUAGAAAACGUUACACACAAUUUUAAAAGAGAUACAACACGUAUUAAUUGUUCCAAAAUAAAUUAUGUGUAUAGUGAUACUAUUUCUUCACUUCCAAAACAUAUCAAAGAUUAUUUUUUUAAUACUCGCCCAAUUAUAUAA